AUGUCGCAGAACCAGUCGCCCUCGCCGGUUCCGUCUGAGAACUUUCCUACUUCACUGCACAAUGCCUUAAUGGCAACCAUUCAACAGCCCUUGCAGAGUCCGCUGCCCCGACUGUUCAGCGUUGCCGAUGUCCAUGCUGCUACCCAGGCCGCUCAGCAGCAGGAAAUGGCUCAACGCCUUCAUAGCCAGGGCUUAGGAAUGCAAUGGUCCCAAACGCCGCUAUCCCAGGUCAAUGCGUUGCUUGCUUGCAAUGUUGUUGUUUCCAUCUCGCGCGCCAUGCCGACCGCCAUGCCCUUCGGCCACGCCGGCUUCAACGUGUUUAACUCCCAGCCCGGCAUCUUCAACGCCCAGCCGGGUGUGCAGCUUCCCCCCGGCCAGCUGUUGCCGACGUUCGUCAUGGGCGUCGCUCCCCCUACAACCUCUAAGGCAUCCAAGAAAGCGGCCAAGGCCAAGGGCGCCAAGGCCUCCAGGCCCAGCGUGGCGGUUCCCCCCGCCAUGGAUGGCCAGCUUCCGCAGCUCCAGGCGCUCCUCGAUAGAAAGAAGUUGAAGUGCAUCGAAGAUGUCCGAAAUGCGAUUACCUCAGCACAUCCGCACACCCACAAACCCCCACACCCACACACCCGCACCAUAUUCCCCAUCCUGUCUAACCUGUACCCGGCCCCAAUAUCCAAUCUUUGCAUCCCCCUGCAGCCCCUGCAGGGCGCGCCGUCUCUUCGCUUCGACGCCGAUGUCCAUGCUGCCGCCCAGGCCGCUUCGCAGAGCAUCACCUCCAAGCUGCAGCGCUACAAUGUACUAUACUGA